GCGCGUCUCGUGAUGAUCUCCUCUCCCAUCCAACACCCACUUACUUUCAAGUGCUCUGAGAUAGGUUCCGAAGGUUCCACAUUCCAUUCAUGAAGACGGAAUUUCUUGAGGCUGGGCGCUGAUGUUUGCCCAGACUCAUUGAGGAUCACAACCCCACCAACUUACCUUAGCUAGGUAGGUAGGUAGGUAGCUGUCAAAAGAGUGACGGUCACUUUUGUUGAUCUAAUCGUGUCUUUCCCCUCACACAAUCCACCCCCCAGACGUAGGCAAAGUAAGUUGCUGAAGAAUCUAAACCGACCAGGCUGGCAACCGGGUCCGUUAUUCAUAGAACACGCUGGGUUUCGUUCGUUUCUAUUUAGUCCCAAAACGAUCAAUUCUUCACGAUGGGCAUCAACAACCCUCUCCCGUCGUCCAUGGCGUCGGAGUGCAAGAAAUGCGGCAAGAUUUUGGCGUCUUUUAUCGACCCGCGCCAAGCGUAUGGUCCAGACAAGGUCAUACCGCCACACAUUUUAGCAGAGGCUAAGGGACUCGCCAUCCUCACCGUCAUCAAGGCUGGGUUCGUGGGAAGCGCCCGGUUCGGCAGCGGCCUGGUGAUCGCCCGCCUGCCAGAUGGCUCGUGGAGCGCACCGAGCGCCAUCGCGACGGGCGGCGCCGGCGUGGGCGGCCAGAUCGGCUUCGAGCUGACCGACUUUGUCUUCAUACUGAACGAUGCCGCCGCCGUCAAAACCUUCAGCCAGAGCGGUAGCCUGACCCUCGGCGGCAACGUCUCCAUCGCCGCCGGGCCUGUUGGCCGAAACGCCGAGGCCGCCGGUGCCGCCAGUCUGCGAAGUGUCGCUGGAAUCUUCAGCUACUCCAAGACCAAAGGUCUGUUUGCCGGCGUUUCGCUCGAGGGCUCCGCUAUCGUCGAGCGCAAGGACGCAAAUACCAAGAUGUACGGUCGCCCCGUCAGUGCGCAGGAGCUUCUGACCGGUGGCGAGCGGGCUCCCCCGGCCGCCGCUCCGCUCAUCAACAUCCUCACCUCGCGCGCCUUCAGUGGCGCCGGCCGCAGCGGGUCCUUCAACGACGGCAUGUACAACGAUACCCCUCAGUACGACAGCCACCGCGACCACGUCGUCUGGGAGGGCCGGAGGGGAAGCGCGUACGGGGAGACACCAUCGACGAGAGAUGCGGGAGCAGGCGCCAGCGAGUUUGGUGCGCCCAAGCGUUCAGCCACAUGGCAGCACGAUACGUAUAAUAACAACGAUGGAUACCAGUCUCCCCGAUUCGGCGCGGCCGGAAUAUCAAGGUCGAACACCGUCAACGAUGCGAGGACCACGUCGGCAUUUGGUGCCCCGGCUGCUGGUGGUGUCGCCGGGUCUCGUGGACCAAAACCUCCGGUUGCUCCAAAGCCCAAUUUUUCCAACAAGCAAGCAAUGCUCCAAAAGAACCAGGCCGUAGCCCUGUUCACUUUCGAAGCCGACCAACCGGGAGACCUUGGUUUCAAGAAGGGUGAGAUCAUCACAGUGGUCAAGAAGACGGACAGUGAUAACGAUUGGUGGACUGGCAUGAUAGGUACCAGGCAUGGUACUUUCCCAAGUAAUUAUGUCAAGAUGCAAUCGUGAGGAACAAGCUUUCUCUCCACUGCGGCAAGCUGGAACGGAGGUAUACUAGGAUCUGAGAUGCAUUUCUCCUACUUUAGCGUUUUUUUUUCCUCAACUCACACUUUCGGAGCACGCCGAGUUGUUCCUUGACGAUGUUACUUGCAUAUAAAUCUUGAUGAUAACGCCUCUCAUAGUUACUUAAGCACGGUCACCGUUACCCGACGUCUGAACGGAGACUAGAAAAAGGACUGCUCUAAGAUAUUAAUUGAUCGUUCAGAUUAUAUAUAUAUAAAGACAUAAGCACCG